GCACAACCAGCCAAUAAAAAUUAUUAAUCAUUUGUUUUGCCUUUCAAUUCGAUCGAUAAUGUCAAUGCAGUAACUUCGAAUUCGAGACGUCAAAUUUAAAUCAGAAAAAAACCCUACCAAAAUGGGCCAAAAAGUGUCGCGCACCGAUUUUGAAUGGGUGUACACGGAGGAGCCGCAUGCCUCGCGCCGUAAACUCAUACUCGAAAAGUAUCCACAAAUCAAGAAGCUGUUCGGACACGACCCGAACUUCAAAUGGAUUGCCGGCGCCAUGGUCUUGACACAGUUACUGGCCCUGUUCGUUGUCAAGGAUCUGUCGUGGUCAUGGCUUCUAGUGGCGGCCUAUUGCUUUGGCGGCAUCAUCAACCACUCGCUGAUGUUGGCCGUCCACGAGAUUUCGCACAAUCUGGCCUUUGGACACAGCCGUCCCAUGCACAAUCGAAUGUUGGGAUUCGUUUGCAACCUGCCGAUUGGCCUGCCAAUGAGCAUAUCUUUCAAGAAGUAUCAUCUGGAACAUCAUCGUUACCAAGGCGACGAGGCAAUCGAUACGGAUAUACCCACACUGCUGGAGGCACGACUCUUUGACACCACAUUCGGAAAAUUCCUUUGGGUCUGCCUGCAGCCGUUCUUCUACAUAUUCCGACCAUUGAUAAUUAACCCCAAGCCACCGACACGCCUGGAGAUCAUCAAUACCAUUGUGCAGCUGACGUUCAACGCUUUGAUUGUUUACUUUUUGGGAUGGAAGCCCAUGGCCUAUCUGCUGAUUGGUUCCAUACUGGCCAUGGGCCUGCACCCGGUGGCCGGUCACUUUAUAUCGGAGCACUACAUGUUCGCCAAGGGCUUCGAGACGUACUCGUACUAUGGACCACUGAAUUGGAUUACCUUCAAUGUGGGCUACCACAACGAGCAUCAUGACUUUCCCGCUGUGCCCGGCUCGCGCCUGCCGGAGGUGAAGCGCAUUGCACCGGAAUUCUACGAUACGAUGCCACAGCACACCAGCUGGAGCCGUGUGCUGUACGACUUCAUCAUGGAUCCGGCUGUGGGUCCCUAUGCACGUGUGAAGCGUCGUCAGCGCGGACUGGCCUCCUAAACUGUCGGUUGUUUUUGGUUUACUCAACGUUUCCUGUCGUUAAAUGUAAUCUCAGACCCCAAUUGUGGGAUUUUCUAUAUACAUAUUCCACACGAUUGAACCAGAAACACAGAAACGGAACGAUAACGAGCACGAAAACCGAAACAAGCAGAUUAGAUAUGGGCCUGAUUUGAGCAUAUUGUAUGUGUGUAUAUAUAUAUAAUAUCUGGUAUUAAUGCUAGACCGUGUGCGCUUAGUGUGUCCAGCAAAGGACCAACUAGGGUGCACUCUCGAGCGCUUUAAUUAAUUGUUACCUCAUAAGUUGGAAAGCCUGUUAAAUCUAGUGUGUAAUACUUGUCCUAUACAUACAUAUAUACUAAUGUCUUUAGUAUUUUCUGUGCAUAUAUUUAUAUAUAUUUUUGCUUGACUUAAAACACACAUUUUUUUAAUAUCCUUUACGCUCUGUGUGUCUGUUUUCUCGCCCUCCAGAUGGUCAGCAGCUAGUAGCCAAAAUCAUGUAUUUUUGAUAGCCUCUUGAAAAACUGUUACCUAAGAAUCAAAAAUCAAAGUCAAAGACCGCUCUGCUGUCUGGCAGGGCAUGUCGUCUGCAUACACGGCAGGCACUUAAUAUUUGAACAAAAAUAAAAACAAACAAUCAAUUGUCAAAAUACUA